AUGCUGCCUUCUAAUGCUUUAAAGCGCACGCGCAUUUCCGAAACAGACGAACACCACUAUUUACCAUCUCAACUGCAAAGUUUCCAACAACACCAGCAGCAAACACAACAACUCUUCAAGCCCCCUCAACAGAAUAAAAUGGAAAGACAGUUAUACCAACAACCGCAACAACAGCAGCAGCAACAGCAAAAACCACAACAACAAAAACAACAACAAAAGCAACAUCAGCAACAGCAAAAUCAAUUAUUUGAAGACUUUAGUUCCCCCCUCCAAAAAUUUCCCGUGACUCCUCCAAAUAUAGAAUCUCUAUCUGCCAAACGGUCUAAUGAGUCCGAAGAGCCUAUAACCGAGCAAGAGGUUCAGCGAAUCGAGAAAGUAGUCAAUGCCUUGAUAGAAUCAAUACUCCCCGCAAAAGCCCAGCAGGCGAAGGACGUUGCCACGAAUAUUAUCAAUAAUUCUCUUUCUUCGCGCUCUGCAAACUCUUCUCCAACACCCAAGGAUAAAACUGAUAGCAAUGAAAACGAAAAUUCAAUCGUCCUCAAGUUUCCAAUACUCGCUGAACCGAGCUCAGAGGUGAAGCCAUUGAAUUCUCCUUUGGGAAAUGUUCUCAAUCACACAUUUCCCAAUUCAUUGGUGGAACUGGUGGAAAAACUUAACAAGAUGUCGAUUAAUCCAGCUAGCCUAGAGCUUUUAAAUCCAAAUUCAAAUGUUUCCUCGACUUCCGCAUUUCCAACAAACAAUCCGUCCUCUCAAUCCUCCUCUUCCGUACCACCACCACCCCCCUCCGAAGAACUUAUCAGGCAACUGAUUAAUGAUUAUUUUAAUCGCUUCAAUGUUAUGAUUCCUAUCAUCGAUCGACGAAAAUUCCAAGACCAACUUACCAAGAAUAAAUCGAAUCAUACAACGUUGCUGAUGAAUUCAGUCUUAGCUGUUGCUGCAAGGUUUUCCGACGAUCCCUCAAUACAAAAAAGCCCUGAAAAACCGGGCGGAAUAUUUUUUGACGCUGCAAAGAAACUGUUGGAUGACAUGUAUGACACUCCAAAGUUGGAAACUCUUCAGGCAUUGUUGCUCUUAAGUAGCUCCGAGGUUAGUGUGAAACGUAUAAAUAGUUCUACCAUAUUCCUCGGCAUGGCUGUUCAAAUGGCCCACUCGUUAAACCUUGGACGUAGUGAAUCCACCUUGUUGACUGAGGAAGAAGAAGAAAAUCGAAGGGCAAUCACAAUUCCCAUUGUAAGAUGGGUUUCAUUCAUGUUAGGAAAACCUUCCUUGAUUGACGACAUCAACAUCAACACUCCUUUGCCGACAUUAACCUCAUUCGAAGUUUCAACAAGGAGCUUCUUCGUUUCAUGGAUAAAAUUAUCACGUAUUCUUGGCGAAAUUUGGAAAUUCGGUUACUCUUCGAAACCAAAAGCCAGCAGCGCAAAUUGGCUGCCACAUAUGGCUGACCAAAAGAGUACGUUGAGGCUGAUACGGGCGGCUUUGGCUAAAUGGUUAAAGGAGUUGCCUGAUGAACUACAAUAUCAGUAUUUACCGAAUACUGACCCACAAAGUUUGAUUCAAUUGACAAAAUUUUCCGAUUUUUCCGGUCAUAUAAACAUUCUCUUCCACAUUUGCAUGAUAGUGCUUCAUCAACCUUACUUAGCGCAAACAAAAAUUGAGGUUCAAAAUCAGGGACCUAAUGGUCCAAUUCACAUGUGCUUUACUGCUGCCACCACGAUAACCGAUAUUGCGAAGACGACACGAAAAUAUGAUAAGGACGCAUUUUGCAACUUUCAAUACACCCUUUACGGACUUUUACAAGCGUCGUCAAUUCUUGGAAUGACAAUCAUGAAUUAUGCACAUGAGUAUGAAUCUACCGCGAAGAAAGCUCUACGUGAUGCUAUAGAAGAACUUAAGUACGCCGCGGAAUCUUGUAAAUAUAUGUCCAUGCAAGAGGUAGUUAGGGAGUUAGAGGGUGUCAUGAGGAUCGCAAGUAGCAACUCUUCCGAUAUUGCAAUUCCAUUUCCUCUGGUUCUACAAAUUUUGGAAUCCAGGGGUUCAGCAAAUAAUGGUGGGGGGUUCGGAAAUGUUUCGUUAAGAAAUAUGAAUGGAGUGGGUCAUGGUUUCGGUAAUCACAAUAAACAAACUUCGCCGCCCAUGAGCGAAUAUUCAUCGUCGCCGAACUCGUCAAAUGCACAGGAUGAUGAUAAUUCUUUGAAAUUGAAGUAUCCUUCACCACCCACUCUCACGACAAACUCAACUCCGAUGUCACUAUCUCCGUCUUUAUCACAACAACAGGCCGAUCCAAGUACGUUUAUUUUUAACACGCAAGAUCAGGCGUCAAUACAAUUUAAUCAGAUGGAUCAACAGAUGACGCAGGAUGCAGUUGGAGCGUGGAACCAUCCAUUUUUCAUAAACGAUGGUUUAUACGAAUUCCAAAUGGCCGCCAAUUCACAGAUAUCAACCAAUUCAAUGUAUUCCCCAAGCAUUAUUGCGAAU